AUGUACCAUCCGGACUGCAUACUUCCAUGGCUUUCACAGCAUAAUUCAUGUCCUGUUUGUCGGUUCCAGCUGCCUACGGAUGCGGUUGAUGGAGAUUCGAAAGUGAGGAGGAGGUCUAGGUCUAGGGUUUUGAGGUUGGGGGAUUUAAUCGACGAUGACGACGACGAAGAACUGUUAGGGUUUGGAUUGAGGCACCUUGCUCGUAGGCACCGGCUGGUAUUUCCAGUGAGACACCAUCAUUUCCGUCAACCGCAGACGGAGGAGGUGCAGCCCGAGGAUUUCUUUUCUUCCACUCAAAUUGCGGAGGAGGUGGAGGUGGAUGCGCCGCCUGAUUCACGGCGGACCAACAGCUUAGAGACUGUGUCCAGUUGGCCAAACUGGGCUGUUGAUGGCGGAGCUGUUGAUGGGGAUGAACUUACAAAGCUUCGUGUGAGUAAAUUUGAAGAUGAUGUAUAGUGGUUCUUAUACAGGGGUCCAAGGCACUUCAACAGCAUGAAAAUUUAACAAGUGUAGAUUUGCUGUGGAUGGAUGCCUUUCUUUAAUGUUACUUUAUAGUAAACAUUUUUUGCCUUUGGAUUCUGUAAUAAAAGAUUAAAGGGCCCUUUAUAGAUCAACUCUUUCUUUCUCUCUCUCUUUUUUUUUCUUUUUUUUUUUUUCUCCUUUUUAUUAUAAAACUAGUUGUGAG